AUGAGAAACCAGGGUUUCAUUUUGCUUUGCAUGCUGGUUGUCGGAGUACUUGUCGGGAGCUGCCAUGGAAGUGGCCUUGAGAAGAAUUUCUACAGGCAUAAAUGCCACGAUGCAGAGACGAUAAUCAAGAACGUUACUGAGAAAUAUGUUGCCAACGAUCCCACGUUGCCUGCAAAGUUCCUGAGAAUGCAUUUUCAUGACUGUUUUGUCAGGGGCUGCGACGGUUCGGUCCUCUUGAACUCGACAGCUAACAACACGGCCGAGAAGGAUUCGAUUCCGAACCUAACGGUGUCGGGGUUUGAUGUCAUCGACGACAUAAAAGCGGAAGUCGAGAAGAAAUGUCCGAACGUGGUGUCUUGUGCUGAUGUUCUGGCCUUGGCUGCUAGGGAUGCAGUUUCUUUCAAAUUCAGAAAACCAUUGUGGAAAGUUUAUACCGGCAGACGAGACGGCAGGGUGUCGCGGAGUUCUGAGGCGUUGGCUAAUCUUCCUUCCCCUUUCUCGAACUUCACCGUCCUGGUACGGAAUUUCGCUAACCAAGGCCUCAAUAUCCAUGACUUAGUGGUCUUAUCAGGCGGUCAUACGAUCGGAGUAGGCCACUGCAAUACCUUCAGCAACAGGCUAUACAACUUCACUGGAAGAGGAGAUCAAGAUCCUUCCUUGAAUGCAACUUACGCAGCUUUCUUGAAGACUCAAUGCCGAAGCCUUAAUGACACCACGACCUUCGUCCCGAUGGAUCCCGGUAGCGUGCUGAAAUUCGAUAAUAACUAUUACUUGACGGUCAAACAACACAAGGGCCUGUUUCAGUCUGAUGCCGCGCUCUUGACGAACAACGUCUCGAGACACAUUGUCCAUAAGUUGCUCGAAGACGAGGAGAAAUUCUUCGAAGAGUUCGCAGAGUCGAUGAAGAAGAUGGGAGCCAUUGGAGUUCUUACAGGGAAUGCAGGAGAAAUUAGGAAGAAGUGUUUCGUUGUUAACUAA